AUGAACCAAUAUCUUUGUUUUAAUUUAUCAGUUAUUUUUAUUAUUAUGAUUAUUAUUUAUUGUGGAUUAUUACAAAUUUCAGCAAUUGCUCCAAAAGGUCAUCCUAAAGUACUGAAGACUAAAUCAGUGGAGAAAGAUCUUAUAAGAAUGUUAUUAAAUCGAUAUGAACAAUUUGGUAUAAUUGGACGACCAGUAAAUGACAGUAAAAUUAAAGUUGAUGUUCGUUAUGGAUUACAACUUUUUCAAAUUUUGGAUUUAGAUGAGAAUAAACAAAUUCUGCGAACCAACUGUUGGUGUAUGCAUAAAUGGACUGAUUCUCUCCUUCGUUGGAAUGAAAGUGAAUAUGGAAAUAUUAAAACAGUUAGUAUAUUUCCAUCACAGAUUUGGACUCCUGACAUUAAAUUGUAUAAUUUCGCUGAUGAACGUUUACGCGAAUAUAGAGACGCUCGUGUUGUGGUUUCAAGUAAUGGAGAAACACUAUGGCUUCCACAAGCAUUGUUUAAAAGUACAUGUGAAGUUGAGAUCACAUAUUUCCCAUUUGAUACACAGAUUUGUAUGUUAGAAUUUGGAUCCCUAACGUAUGAUAGAACUCAAAUGGACAUAUUAUGGUGGAUUCCAGAUUCACCUCCCAUAGAAGAAAUGCCAUACUUAGAUUUCUCAGAUUACGUACCAAGUAAUGAAUGGCGUACGGAUGGCGAGAAAGAACGUGAAGUACACCAUGUCAACCGUACUAUACAAAUUCGAUCAGUUAAGAAACAUCGACGUCGAAGUCAAACUGUUGGUAACGAAGUCAUUACAAGAGAAUAUCCAGUUUUACGAUACUUGAUACGUUUGAGAAGGAACCCUAGUUUUUAUGUAUUUAUGUUAGUGAUUCCAUGUGUAUUGUUAUCAUCUUUAACAUUGGUUGUAUUUUGGUUACCUCCAGAAUCUCCAGCAAAAAUGAUGCUUGGGAUGAAUAUAUUUGUGGCAUUUUUUGUCUUAUUAUUACUACUUGCUGAGUCUACACCAAGUGCUGUGAAAAAUUUCCCAUUGAUCGGUGUAUUUUUCUGUUUAAAUAUGAUCAUGAUCACUUUAUCAACAUUUUUAGCUACCAUGGUAAUCCAUCUUUAUUUUCGUGGUGAUCGUAAAGGUGCAGUACCAUAUUUUCUACGUCGGAUUAUAAUAGAAGGGAUUGGGAGACUAACAUUAGUAAGACAAAGAAUCCCACUAUCAGAUGUAAAGAAUUCAAAAAGAAAUGUUUUUGCAAAAUAUCACAAAAAGACUCUUAUCUCACAAAUAUCUCCUGCUAAAACCAAACAGGCUUGCCAAAACAGAUAUUUCGGGGGUGGAUUUUUCCCUCAAUGUAAUGAUUCAGUCAAUCACCCGGCUUGUGGAGAUCAAUAUUUGGAAAAUAUCACGACUAACUGGUCUGGUUCAGCUGAAUUUCAAACGCUUAAAGAAUAUUCUGGAAAAUCCUGUCCACAUAUGAUGAGAACGUCAAUCAAAGUUAAUAAUCAAAUACCGGAAAUUUUACAGCAAAUUAUGCAUAAUGAUAAUCAGAUAAAUAAUUAUCCUUUCAGAACGAUAAACUAUGAUGAAUCAGGUUUUAAUUCAACAACUACACUUGAACGUGACGUAAGAGAACUGAAAAAAUAUGUUAAAAUUGUAGUUAAUCGACAGAAAGAGACAACCCAUAAAAGUUUAAUAGCUAUGGAGUGGCGUACUUUAGCAAUUGUUUUAGAUCGUUUAUUUUUCUUCAUAUAUAUUACUACUAUUUUGAUUGCGGUUGUUGUCUCAGUACCGUAUAACAUCGAAAUAGAAAUACCAGCAGAGUUUCGAGAUUCAGAAGAAUGA